AUGAUUAUCUUGAUUUCAAUUCUGCUGCUGGGCUCCUUCCUCCACUACUUGUGGAAAGCCGAAGCAGCCUUAAGCAAGCCCUGGACACCAGACAACAGCUCCAUCGACUUUAGCCAACGACCACUCUCCCCACCAGCCAACGAGACCUUCCUGUCCUCGCCCGGAUACAAGCUCCCUUUGCGGACCAAGGGGCGGGACAUCGUCGACCAGAAUGGCGAGCGCUUCAAGCUCUCGUCAAUCAACUGGUACGGCGCCAGCGACGAGCUCUUCAUUCCCGGUGGGCUAGACGUGCAGCACCGCGACGUCAUUGCCAGCAUGAUCCGCUCGCUUGGCUUCAACAGCGUGCGCAUGCCGUACAGCGACGAGAUGGUCAUGUUCAACCCGGAAGUCCCGGCGCAUCUCUUGGCAGCGAACCGGGACCUGGUGGGGAAGCGCGCCCUGGACGUGUUUGAGGCGACGGUAACCGCCUUGACGGACGCCGGGCUGGCUGUCAUCGUCAACAACCACAUCACCACGGCGACGUGGUGCUGCGGCGCUGACCCGUGCGAUGCCGGCUGGGCAAACGAUUACCUUCCUGGCGGGCUGUGCCGGGUACGGCAGACGGAGGCGCAGUGGGUCGAGCACUGGGAGACGGUGAUGGUCCGCUUUGUCGACAAUCCGCUGGUUAUAGGGGCUGACCUGCGUAACGAGGUGCGCGGGCUCUGGGGCACCAUGCCGUGGGAGAAAUGGGCCGCUGCGGCAGAGCGGGCAGGCAACGCCUUGCUCAGGAUGAACCCGGACUGGCUGAUUGUCGUGGGCGGGACCGAGUCCGGGAACGACCUGACGGGCGUGAGACGUCGGCCGGUCGAGCUCGACGUGGAGAAUAAAGUGGUAUAUUCGGCGCACGUCUACUCGUGGAGCGGUUGGGGGAGCAUGGGAGGGCGGUAUUCGAAGCGCACAUACUCUUCCUUCGUGAAGGCCAUGCGUAAGAACUGGGGAUAUCUGGUGGAAGAGAAGCUGGCGCCUGUUUGGAUUGGAGAGUUUGGGGCGCCCGACCGUCCUGGCAUCGGUGAUGCGAACUAUUGGCAGAAUCUCCUGCGGUACCUUAAGGAGAUCGAUGCCGACUUUGGAUAUUGGGCCAUUAACCCGCGCAAGCCGAAGGACAACGAGAGGGAAUCAUACUCGCUCGUUGAAGAUGACUGGGUUACGCCGGUGCUGGAUUACCGCAUGAAGGACAUGACGGAGCUUAUGAGACAGUGA